GAGGACUCUAGGGGCGGAGGGGCGACUCGAUGGCGCCGGGCGUGAGAACGGAUGCCACCUCCGGUGAUCGCCGGAGGGUGGGCGGACGUUUUUGGGCGCUCGCGGAGGAGGAGAGCGGGGGUGAGGAUGACGACGGCGAACGUCCAGGCAGCUCGUCGGAGUAUUCGCCGACGCCCUCAGAUGUGAUUUGUGAAACUUUCGAUCCCGGCUAUGAGGAGGACGAGGUGGCGCAGAUUGUGGAAGCGGUGAUCCCUCCGGAGGAUCCGGCGAGGUCUGGACUGCGUCCCGGAGAAAAUCUGAAAUUGCUCCGGCGCGUCGUUCACCGGAGGACGGCCGCGUCCGCGUCUCGACCUUGGAAGGACCCUAUUCCCAAGGUUAUAUUCCGAACUACGGCACGGAUCCGUUCGUGGUCGCCACUCACUCGGACGGAGGUCAGGGAGCAUUUGGUUACUGGAUCUGUCCGCUGGGAGAUGGUAGCUCGGAAUAUAUUCAACCGGUUUGGAUGGCAGUCAUGUAAUAGGAUAGGCAUCUAGUUUACUUAUCCUUUGGUAGCCAGCCGGUUGUGGCCUCUUAUCUUGGCUAGUUGUGGUUUCUAGCUACUCUAUGGCUCUGUGUGAGCUUUUUUUACUUUUUCCUGUUUUGGAGACCUUCGAACCUUGUUGACACUAUCUUUGUUUGGUUUAUAAGAUGGCCGUAUGCAUCAUUCUGAUGCAGAGGCCAGGGAA